CAAUUCAAAUUCAAAUUGUUUCACGGCACAAUAUAUAAUAAACUCUACUCACCUACAAAUCAAAGUAAUAAAUAAUACUAAAAUAUCUGAAUGACGGUGAAGUUUGGUGCUUCUGAAUUUUCAUACCUCCUUUAUAUAUUUAUUCGUUCUGUUAAUUGUUAGAGAAAUCUGAGUAAGAAUUUUGUGGUGAUUCAAUUGAAUGGGUUGCUAUUGUUCAACUUCAACUUCAAGGAAACUUAAAAGGCCAGGUUAUGAGGAUCCAACUGUUCUUGCUUCUGAGACACCUUGUGAGUAUCCAUCAUCAUUAUCUGUUACUGUGAGUGAAGUAGAUGCAUUAUAUGAACUCUAUUUGAAGUUAAGCAAUUCCAUUAUUCAAGAUGGUCUUAUUCAUAAGGAAGAAUUUCAGCUAGCACUUUUCAGAAACGAAAACCAAAAGAAUCUGUUUGCUGAUAGGAUUUUUGACUUAUUUGAUGUAAAACGCAACGGCGUUGUCGAUUUCGGUGAAUUUGUUAGAUCUCUUGGUGUUUUUCACCCAAACGCAGCCUUAGAAGACAAAAUUGCAUUUGCUUUUAGGUUAUAUGAUUUGAAACAAACAGGGUACAUUGAAAGAGAGGAGUUAAAGGAAAUGGUAUUGGCACUUUUGCAUGAAUCAGAUCUUUUUCUUUCGGAUGAGAUGAUAGAAUCAAUUGUGGAUAAAACAUUUAAAGAUGUCGAUACAAAAGAUGAUGGAAGGAUUGAUGAAGAUGAGUGGAAAGCUUUUGUUUCUCAACAUCCUUCUUUGAUUAAGAACAUGACUCUUCCAUAUCUAAAGGAUAUUACAUUGGCAUUUCCCAGUUUUAUUGUAAGAACAGAAGUUGAAGACACCGAGGUUUGAACAAUUGAGAACUUUUCCUUGUGAAAAGGAGAGAAAGUAGAAAGAAAAAAAAGAGAGAUGGUCAAUGGUGGAGCCAAUUUUGUAACAGUAAGAAUGAGUGAUGUAAAUAAAGCUACCCUACUUGUUACUAUGUAAUACGCAGAAAGGGAUUCUGCUUCUGUUAUCUAUGUGGGUCGUAUAGAGCCAAACACUAAUCGUGCAAAUAUCCACCAACCAAGUCAUUGACCAUUGAUUUUUUUUUUUUAAUAAAGCAAAACUAUAUUUUUUUUAAUUAUAAAUCAAAAGUUCAAUACAAGGAGAAACAUUAUAGAUACAACGCUCAAGAAUUGACAGUUUUCGAUAAUGAAUAGACAAUCAUAUUUGCUUGAUGUUUUAUAAAAUCAACUUCAAAGUUUGGAAAAUUAACU